CGAUCGACGGGACCACAUGUAUGGCUCGCAGAACGAGGUCGGAGGUGCGAGCUAAAUUCAUGCAGGAUCGAGAAAUUCCCCUCAUUUCGAGAGUCUCCUAUCGCACCCUAUAAGACCCCUGUGGCCUCUCGGCAACUCUCGCGCCGACGCCUGGUCACCAUGUUCUCGGCCUUCGUGGGACGGGUGUCCUCCCUAAAGCAAAAAGUGCCGCUCCUGAACGAUCUGCACCUCAACUUCAUCUUCAUCCACUAUGCCUAUAUCAUCUCGUGGGCCAUCAUCGGGUCAAUUAUACUCUACCCCGGCAGCGAGCUCGACUACAUCGAUGCGCUCUUCUUCGCCGCCGGCUGCGCCACCCAGAGCGGACUGAACCCGGUCGACCUCAACAAGCUCAAACUCUACCAACAAAUCGUCCUAUACUUGAUUACCUGUCUGUGUACCCCGAUUUUCAUUCACAGUGCGCUGGUCUUCAUCCGAUUGUACUGGUUUGAGAAGCGCUUCCAGCACGUGGUCCGCGAUGCACGUGCCAUGCGACGAACCCGAUCUCGAAUGGAAACGGUGACCGAGGACCGGGACAGUGACGAGGUGAGCCGCGCCGAGCUUGGAGUCAGUGGCCGACCAAUUGUGGUGUUACGCAACAACUCAGGAGAUGCGCGGGGCGGUCGCCUGGCCGACCCGGCCAACAAAGAUAUAGCUCCGGGGGUGGACACACCGGAGAUUCGCACCCCCAGCGCCGGCUCGAACUCUGGAUCUCGGUCUGCCUCUAGCUCCGAUGAAACGGAGACGGAACCCGAACCUCGAUUUGGACUGGGCAGUUUGAAGGUUCCAACCCAUCUGAACCCCGAAACGCACAUCGCCUUCUUAGAAAAGCAGCGAAAAGACAAAGGAGCGCUUCGGAUUCCGAGUCCGCGUGAGUAUGACCGAGGCGGUGCGCCCGAAGCGUUGGAAGAAGAUGUCGAACAGGAGGCAGAGCAGGCUCCACCUUCUAGUCCCCACAACCGCGAUGCUAGCCCGUUUCACCACCCCGAGGCUCAUGAUCAACUCGGUCCACUUGAAGGGCCUCACAUCACUAUCAACGAGCCUGACAUCCCAAGGUCUCGCCCACGCGGGAAUACAUUCCCUCGUCUAAAUACUCAACCCACGUUCCAUGAAACCAAGGACGGAAACGAGACUACUACUCUGGCCCCCACCAACACGAAAAACACCUUUAGGGGAAUUUUCCGUUCUUUAACACAGGAACGGGACCUUUCGACUCAGCCAUACCUCAGUUGGAAUGCGACAGUGGCACGAAAUUCCAACUUUGUUGAUCUAACUGAGGAACAGCGCGACGAGCUGGGUGGUAUCGAAUACCGUGCUCUAAAGACUCUGGCCGUUGUACUCAUCACUUACUAUGUUGGCUUCCACCUCAUCGGCUUGUUGAGCAUGAUCGGUUGGAUUAUGACCGUGGAUCAAUGGGGCGAUGUUGUCAAAGAGGCUGGAGUUGGACGGCCGUGGUGGGGAAUUUUCACUGCUGCCUCUGCCUUUAACGACUUGGGCUUUACCCUGACACCGGAUUCGUUCUACUCUUUCCAGCGGGCUGUCUUCCCGUUGCUCAUGUUGUCAUUCCUGAUUAUCAUUGGAAACACUGCAUUCCCGUGUAUGCUCCGUUUGAUGAUAUGGGUCAUGUCGAAAUUUACCCGCCAAGGUACUGCUCUAUGGGAAGAACUCAAGUUCCUCUUGGAUCACCCACGUCGAUGCUUUACCCUCUUGUUCCCCCGCAAUGCCACCUGGUGGCUGUUUGCCAUUCUUGUUCUCUUGAAUGGUAUCGAUGUGAUCUUUUUUGUCAUUCUGGAUCUAAACGAUUCUGCUGUGACCGAGCUUCCCCCUGGAAUCCGAGUCCUGGAUGGCUUCUUCCAGGCUGCCGCGACACGAACGGCUGGCUUUGGAAUCAUCAGUCUCUGGGACCUUCACCCUGCCAUCCAGGUAUCUUAUCUCAUUAUGAUGUAUAUUUCCGUGUUCCCGAUCGCCAUUUCAAUGCGACGAACCAAUGUGUACGAAGAGAAGAGUCUUGGUAUAUACGAUGUCACCGACGAGGACCAAGACGAGGAAUCCAACGCCCCCACCUAUAUCGGAGCUCACUUGCGGCGUCAACUGAGUUUCGAUUUGUGGUAUGUGUUCUUGGGUCUUUUCAUCAUCGCCAUUGCAGAAGGCGGAAGGUUGCAACAAGAUGACUACUCCUUCCAGCUCUUCACUGUUCUUUUCGAGGUCGUUUCCGCCUAUGGUACCGUUGGCUUGUCAUUUGGAUAUCCCGGGGUCGAUACCUCCUUCUCAGGACAGUUCAACGUGGUUUCCAAAUUGGUUAUUAUUGCCAUGCAAAUCCGUGGUCGUCAUCGUGGUCUACCCUACGCGCUGGAUCGUGCUGUACUACUUCCCUCCGACGCCAUGAACCGACACGAAGCCGAACAGAGCGAAAGGCGGAUGCGCCGACGCGCAUCCAACCUCAGCGGUGCUGGCUCUUUCGGCCCAUCACAGUCACGUAGCUUAUCUCAGGCGAGGAACGACGUGGCCCAGACAUCAGGUCUGGAAACUCAUGACUGGCAAACCGGACCUGCACCAAAUGCAGACUCCGUGGUGCAACGUUCCUCGACUAUUCGAUCCAAUCGCUAG